AUGGCGCCGGCCAACAAUGCUUCUAGCGGCGGCAACGAAGGAGAAGCGAGGUACCCGCUGAACGCCGAGUCGUACCGCCUGCUGUGCAAGAUCGGGAGCGGCGUGAACGCGGUGGUGUACAAGGCCGUGUGCCUGCCUCUGGGCUCGUCGGCGUCGGCGGUGGUGGCCAUCAAGGCGAUCGACCUGGAGCGGUCGCGCGCCAACCUCGACGGCGUGCGGCGGGAGGCCAAGGCCAUGGCGCUGCUGUCCCACCGCAACGUGCUCCGCGCGCACUGCUCCUUCACCGUCGGGAGCCACCUGUGGGUGGUGAUGCCCUUCAUGGGCGCCGGCUCACUGCACUCCAUCCUGUCCCACGGGUUCCCCGGCGGCCUGCCGGAGCCGUGCGUCGCCGUCGCGGGCAACAUCCUGGUGGACUCGGACGGCGCCGUCAAGCUCGCCGACUUCGGCGUCUCGGCGUCCAUCUACGAGACCAUGGGCAUCAACGCGUCGGCGUCGGCGGCGAACGCGGCGGCGCUGGGGAUCGGCUCGUCGGCGUCCUGCUGCUUCAACGACGUGGCGGGGACGCCGUACUGGAUGGCACCCGAGGUGAUCCACUCCCACGUCGGGUACGGCAUCAAGGCCGACAUCUGGUCGUUCGGCAUCACGGCGCUGGAGCUCGCGCACGGCCGCCCGCCGCUGUCGCACCUGCCGCCGUCCAAGUCGAUGCUGAUGAGGAUCACCAGCCGCGUCCGGCUCGAGGAGCAGACCGCCGCCGUGAGUAGCAAGAGCAAGAACAAGUUCUCCCGGGCGUUCAAGGACAUGGUGUCCUCCUGCCUCUGCCAGGAGCCGGCCAAGCGGCCGUCGGCGGAGAAGCUCCUCCGCCACCCGCUCUUCAAGGCAUCCGGCCGUCGCUCCAGGGACUUCCUCGUCCGCAACGUCCUCGCCGCCGUCCCGAGCAUCGAGGAGCGGUGCAGCAAGGACGACGACGACGCGGGGAAUGAUCUCUGCGGUGUCGGCGGCGGCGCCAGGGGCGACGCCGCACGCUGCGUGUUGCCGUGCCGACGCCAUGCCGACGACGUCGGCGGCGGCGUCAAGAACCGACGGAUCAGCGGCUGGAACUUCAACGAGGACAACCUCGAGUUCGAUCCGACGACCGAGGACCCGGCGGCGCGGGCGGAGAAGAGGUGCUUUCCAUUCCAGGACCCUGUGGAGCUGGACGACGACAGUGACUCCACCGGAGAUGGAGAUAGACGGCCGCCGCCGCAUGGGGAUGGCGAUCAAGAUCACGGGAAGGCGGCGGAGGCUAUAGGGUUUAAGGAGCAACAGCAAGUGGUGACUCGGCAGCUGAUGGCCGUCCUGCAGAGCCUGGAGGUGCAAAGGGACAUGGUGACGCACGUUUUGGAACGCACCGCCGCCGGCUGCUUCGAUGUCGUCGACGUCUGUGGUGUGAGCGUGACAGCUCCAGCUCCAAGGGAGGAGGUGGAGAGAUGUUGCUUGGGUACGUCCGGCAGCUGGAGCACAGGGUGGAAGACGUGA